GACUAGGUGGGGAGCUGGAGAACAAAGAGAUUCACCUCCUAAGCUCCACCCCUGAUCCCAUACGCGGGAAGCCUCCCGCAAAUAGGACCACCCCUUUGGAUGUUGGCAUCCACAGGUAUCUGGCAAUUUGCUCUACUAACUGAUGUCCUGGAGGGACCCAGUCCCUCGUGAGCCAUGCAUAUUAUUGUUGGGACAAACAGUGCAUCGCCUCGACAAUUACCAGGUCAUAACGUUGACUUUGGUUGGGGCAUCACUGCCUCUCUUUUUUCCUAUAUAUAACCCCAUCAGGAUCCUGCUACGAGCUUCUUUCCUUCCUCAUGUUCGUUACCAAACUCGACAUUUACUGAGCUUUCCAAAGAUUCACUUUACCUGGCUAUACACCAAGCUAAACUACCUUCAAGCUGGCUUCUAUGCAAGCUAUCGUUAGCUUGCCUUGCCCAGCUACAGAACUCAUUAUCGGACAGUGCUUCUGGAUCCAUCCAACACGACGCUCCUGGGCUUGGCUGGUUAUUGGAUCAUUCUACGAUUCCAAAAACCGCGAGCUUUAUCGUCUUCAGGUUUUGCUUGGGUGCAGAGAUAUAUCUCUCCCUAUUCACGUUGAAUCAUUAGAGCCUGACGUGGUCAGUACGACUGACACUCCUGCAACUUUUGAUAGCAACAACGGUCAGGCUGAUAAUAUCCUGGUUCAUCGAGCUAUCGUCGAUAGCGACUCUGAUCACGACAGCGACGUUGAAACACAAGGAGAGGCUCCUGCAAAUCCGUCUGCGAACCCACCUAACACCCAAUUCCCUUUUCAGACCAAUCAUUACCCACAUUUUCAGAGCUAUCCACCAAGGAUGGCAACUCAGACGUUCGGAGAGGGUUGGAACCCGCAGUUUGGUGUAGACCCAAAUGCCAACUCCCGACGACCAGUCGGCCACGCCUUUGCCGGCGCACCCAACAAUGGGAAUUAUAUCAUGAACCGUGGCCCGUUUGUUCAGCCAGCCAGCGGCACGGUUCCAGGACCUAAUAACCAAGGUCCUGUUUAUGUGAUCCCACAGAAUGGGUAUCAUCAUCCUGUCCCCGUGUUUCCUGGCCAGGAGAAUCGCCUGCCGAACCCCCACCCUGUCGUCAACAUGGAUGCACCAUCGUUGAACAUGACUAACUCGACCGGUGGCGUUGGUUGUGAGCCCGGCUACAACUACUUCUUCCCUCCCGAGCAUACCAAGCUCCAUGUCAUCAAGUCGUCAACUGCGCCCUGGCGACUCGCGGAGGGCAUGUCGAUGCAUUUCGGUGCAUACCACGUCCCCGUCAACACCACUUUGGCCGAGCUGCUAGUAGGGUUCGGUGCCGUCAACCCAUGCCCAAAAAAGAACAGGAUCACCGAGGUGAUUCAGGGAGGGAACGGCAAGUGGUACAGAAGUGUGACAUUCUCGGGUGACAAGGAGACCGUAAUGGCCCAGACGCUCAAAGAUAUGGGUUGGGACCGCACCAGAACUGGCCGGCCCGGAGAGAAGCCUGUCGUCUGGCUGUGGAUUACGAAAGAUUAGGUUUUUGUGCAUGCGGUUUGAUUUGAUAUCUCCGGGCCUCUGCGGGGUUACAUUGCACGGACAUCGUUAAAUGUCUUUAGCCACGAUACCCAGACAAGGGCGUAGGACUUUAUUUAGUCUAGUUACUUGCCCAUAAUCGAUUUUACGCCACAAUAUGUGUGUUGGUUUAGUCGUGUAGAAUUUCCAUUUCUGAAUAUGACAUAAAAGGGCGCAUAAACAUGCACCGUCCAACUACGCCUUAUCAUAUACAUAGAAUCUCUAUACAAUCCAUCCAGCGCUGAUACACAACUAGUAAGAGGAGGAAGGAUCCAAAUAAUUCAAGAAUGAU